AUGCCCUCAAUCGUGACUUUUACAAUAAUUCUUUUGCAGACAUCACAAAAUGUCCGGAAACGAUUGCUCGAUAAAAUCAACGUAAUUACUCAAAAAUCGACUUUUGCAACGAAACAAUUCCAGUCUAAGAGAUUGAGGCUGAUACCACGGACACGUCCCACUUCUUCGUUAACAACGGUGUCCUUUGUUGCACAAAAACUCAACAAGGGACACCGUUUUGAUCAAACCAGUUCAAAGGACAUCCACCGCAUCCUCAUUCCCAGGCUGAAUACAGCUAACCGGAAACGAGUUGUACAAAAACACGUACCACUGAAUCCCAGACUGAAUCCAGCUAACUGGAAAGUCCAUGUACAAAAACACGCCUUCAUGGAGGGUAUCGCAGGUCUCAAGUCCACCGAGAUGAGUAGUGAUUCGGAUAACUCAUCUGUCUUCAAAGAUGAUCUUUCAGCCAAAGACUUUGAAGAUGAACUCGAAGAUGAAGAACUUGAAGAUGAAGUACUUCAAGAUGAAUUCAAACACGAUGAAGACCUUGAAGAUGAAGGACUUCAAGAUCAAUUCAAACACGAUGGAGACUUUUAUGAAAGCAACCAAUCCUUUCAUGAAGAAGAUGAUAUCCAUGUCACCAAUUCUCGCGAUCAGCCUCACCAAACUACCACUUCCAAAUCUAAGAAGAAGAAAGAAGGCGUCAAGGGCAAGAAGACUUUUGGCCUUCCACAGGACCGCACUUCUUUCAAAACCUUUAUAGACGCAGACACCACCCUCGACGACGAAGGAUAUCCAUUUCUUCCAAAUGGAAAUACCGUCUAUGUUAGGCAGCCACAACAGCAACUUGCUAAUUGGGGCACAUUUGCCUACACCUAUACGACUUCUGGAGGGGGCACUAACAAUGGCAAAGCCAUCUGGCGAACAGUCAGAUUUAAGUGCUUAGGUGUUAUAGUCUGCGAUAACCCUUCUUGUGACCACCUCGGCUCGCCUCCAACUGCAAAGGACAAGAGAGACAAAUUUCACACCAAGCCUCAAAAGUGUGAUGCCGCACGGUGCCCUGGAUUUCUUCGCCACGUCACCUGCUCCAACACUUUAUGCCGUAUGGAUGAGCAUCGCCCCAGCGGCUGGGGUAUAAUCCGGCACUCUGGUGUCCAUCUUCACCAAUGGCCUCGGCGACGAAUACCAGAUAAGCUUGCCCAGGAAAAAUUUGCCAAAAAGGUCGUUGAAAACCCGGAUGUGGGGCCAUUACGACUCAAAGUGGGACGAGCACCAGCAGGCAAAAAAGGGAUCGUUACUGCCUCUGCAAUUCAUCCUGCGUUUGGACACAUCCAUCGCGUUGGAUACUAUCGCCGCAAGAUCCUUUCAGAUGCAGGAUUAAUUCCUGAAAAGAAUGUUCCGGGUGCCGGUGACAGCUUCCUUUUAGACAUGAUACAUUGGAUCGACAUUAUCUCGGCAUCCUUUAAGCGCAAAAACACACACUUGACUUUUCAAACAGAAUGGAUGGCACAGCAGCUAUUGUCACGCGAUGAGUUCAAACAAGUAUACGCCGGUGGCCUUCUUUCUGACGUAACCUACAAGUUUUUCGCAAAUGGAUAUCUGUUGUCAACAUCGAUGUAUCACGAGGACCUCUGCCGAUGGAUUCCAAUCCAAAUGACUUGGUUGAAUGGCCUGUCGGAGGAACACUACCGCGCCCACUUCACCACCCUAAUGGAGCAAAUGCGAGAUGCCGAACUGACUACCGAGGAAUGUGAUACACUGGUCCGUCAGGUUGUCGAUUUUUCUGUGGCACAGAAGAAUGGUUUCAUAAUGGCGUACAUGGAUGUAUUUCAAGAGAAUGAUCGUGAAGUCGCACUAGACAAAAUCAAAGGGUGCCAUGAGCAUUUUCGAGCUCAGGUCACCAGAGUCAAGAGAAACCGUGCAAUUAUACCAGCAGGCAGUGAACCCGGGGGUCACACCUUUGAUCAGAAGAUUGCUCUAUUACGAAAGGCCUACCCGAAAGCGAAGAAAUGGUUGCAAUGGUGGCAGGCUUCAGACAUCAAAGCCAUGCUUUUCAAAUCAAGCGGCAACGAACACCUACCGGCGACAACCAACGCGCAGGAGUCAUUGCAUCGGGUUUACUACAUGAUAUGCGAAGGGAACUGUACAGUUCAAAUAGGUCUGGUGCAGUUAUUUGCAUUGGUGCAGAGUCUUGAAAGGGACCACAUGGACCGUAAAAAUGGGGUUUCAAUUGAGUACGGUGGGAAGAUGAAGAACUACAAGAAAGUUGCUCAAACCCUAGGAUGGGCUAAGAAAAAGCGUACUCGACGUCGCGGCGAAAAGAACGACGGAAGACCACCGGACACUACCGAUGCUUUGCUAGGCCGUCCCAAGAAGCUUGGACGACCUAAAGGGUCUGUUAAUGUAGAUCGCAAUCCCGUUACUACAUAUCAGGGAUUUGUGGCUUCUAAUACACAGGGACGUCGAAACCGGUGCUGGCUCAAUGCCAUGACAGAGUGCUUGUAUGCAUUGCAUACGCCACUUUGGUACAGCAGAUCUAAGGGGAAAUCAGAACAUAUCUUUACCCAUCUUAUGAUCUUUUUUUCUUCUCGGUCUACAUGGGAAAUGUGCGAGAAAGGAUCUAUCAAGACCAUAUUAACCAGCGGUCAAAACACGCUCCAUGCUGCUAUUCAGAAGAGAGCUCCUGGAAGCUUCGAAUACGAUGCCAUGGCUUCUGCUGAUGGGUAUUUUGAUGGAAUCUUUGAUCUGGAAUCUCGACCACAUUAUCCUGUGUCACCUGCUAUCACCAAAAGGUUGUUUCAGGUUGACCACAGACGUAAGCUGGUCUGUCCACAGAACUCUGAACAUCGCACAAUUGACACGGUCAGAUGUAACAAGAUCACUUUGACGGAGGCGACAUUUGGCGACGAAUUUUCUUACGCUCAGACCCCAGCCCUGCUUCAGCAAUGGUGUUCUGAUACCGGGCUUCGUCGAACAUCGGCACGACAUUGUAGACUCUGCAAGACCAAUAAGUCACGGUCUGAUUCGAACAAUCCUGAAUCUACGGCUUAUGGUGAAAAGUCUCAAAUAUUAUUUGAUCCACCUCCGCCUCACCUACAUAUAUCAAUUGAUGUUGGAUGGUUAUUGCAAUCUCGCCGCGAAGAAGCAUUCACAAUGAUGGCCGAUUGUGACUUUCCAUAUGAAUUGAUCCUGCAUGGUGUCACUUACUGGAUACGUGCGCGUGGUUAUUGGGGAGGCAAUCACUUUUGGUGUAAAGUGGUACGAACUGUGGGCGGCGUAGCCGCUGUGUGGCUUGCAAAUGAUCAGGUUAAUGCUGGUCUCGCGAGGUUGGUCUCUACGAAACUUGAGUCCAUUGGAGGUCCUUCGCCUAAUACAUCCUGGGUCAUGUAUUCUCGGUCACCUACAGAGGAAGAAUCAUCUAUAACCAAGGCUGCAGAUGCAAAAAUCAAAAAAUCCUUGGGCAAAAAGCUUGUACUUAGUCAACCAUUUUCGCAACCAGAGGUACUUGAAGAAACCAGAGAGAUGAACUCUGAAGAAGAAGAAGAAAAUGGUCUUUCCAAAGAAGACCUAGAUCAUGAAUAUGAAGACCAAGAUGAAGCUCCUUUGGCCAAAAGAGCACAUACUACUAAUGUCAAGCGGCAGAUAGAUUACAUCUUUUCCUCUGAUGGAGAAGACGCCAAAAAGCCUGAUGAAAAGUCUGAUGAAAAGCCUUUUCGAAAGCCUGGUCGAAAGCCUGCUCAAAAGCCCUUGAGGGAAUCCGAAGUUGUAGUGGUUGCUGAAGAAAAUAUAGUAGAAGACAGCCUUUUGCAAAGUGUGGAGCAAGAAGAACCAGCUUCGGUGGGUAAUACAACAUCAGCGAAGGUUCCUGUUCCCGUGGUAUUCCGGCCAAAUCGUAAAGUCAAACAGGAAGAUGUAUCAACGGAUGCUGUUGCAGAACAGGUUUCAAAAAAAAGGAAAAAACCAAAAGGUUGGAAAGGUUGGGAAAUUGUGGUAGAACCGGAGAUGGAGUCCAAAGGUAAUGCUAUCCAGGAGGCUCUGGAUGAACAUGAGGAAGAACAAAAUCCUCCACGGAGGUCAAAACGUGCAAAGAAGAAACCUUAG